GGCAAAUAAAUGAGUUACAAGGGGAAAUUCAGAAUUUGAAAGAAAAACUGGUAAAUAAAGACAGGCAGAUUGCAGAUAUGCAGGCAAACCAAAACAGAAUGUAUGCAGAGAAUGAUAGUCUAAUGCUCAGAGUGAAAAUGACAGAACAGACAGCAGCAAGGGCAAGGGCUUCCCUACCAAAGGAAUCUCGGGUUGCUGCAAAGAAACAGGUUUUGCAGGAAACGGUUACACCAGCAAACAAUGCCAGAUUCGAUAAGACAGCAGAAACUGAAACUUUAGCCGAGAUAGCAGAAAAUAUGACGGUGGCAGUUGUGGAAUAUACAAACCAGAGUGUGUAUAUUGGAGAAAUGGAGGGAAACAUGAUGACCUUUGCCCGUCGGCCAGUCGGAAAACUAACAAGUUCUCUCAACGUAAAAAAUAAACAGAGCGUGAUUUUGAAUCCCUUGGACAAAAUGAAAAUUAAUCGUCGAUAUAUAAUUGCAAAAUUCGAAGGAUGUAAGAAAGACAACGUAAUACAAUUAUCGGAAAUUCAGAUUCAACUUAUAAAUCAGUCCGUAGCUUCAUAUUGUUCUAAACAAGCUUCAGACAUCUAA